AUGACAUGGAACGCGUACUGUUGGCUAACAGGGAUCGUCAUGUGGUGCAACUCCGUCGCAAUGGCGUGCUCGUGUAAGUCAGAGGGCACAUCGCCAGAGAGCGGGUCGCCAUCGUAGUUCGACGAUAUCAACGGCCACAUGGCUGCCCGCCCUGUACCAGGAAGAUACUUGCUCACUGACUCGAGAUAUUCACUCGAAGUAAGAAUACUACGUUAACCACACCCUGGAAGCGCUUGCUCUCGGUUGCAAGCCAACAGUCACUUGACAGUAUCGCAGCAUGUCAAACAUCAGCCCCAAUGACAGCGACUCCACGACACAGUUGGAGGAGCCUAAAAAAGUGACGUGGUAUCGCUCGACAUUCUACAACAUCCUCAUCCUCGGCCUGUGCAACUUGGCGGCGCCCGGAAUAUGGGGGGCUAUGAACUCACUGGGGGCGGGAGGCUCCCAGAAGCCAUACCUUGUCAACACAGCCAAUGCAUUGACAUUCUGCCUCAUGGUCGUGUCCUGCUGGCUAUCGAGCGCACUGGUGCGCGUGACUGGGAUCAAGGGCGCGCUGAUCUUCGGAACCCUCGGAUACGCCCCGUAUGCAGCCGGCCUUUACACAAACAAUAGAUUUGGCACAGAGUGGCUCGUGAUCCUCGGCGCGGCACUUUGCGGCAUCUCAGCGGGCGUGUUCUGGAUGGCCGAGGCGGCUAUUGCCAUCGCCUACCCCGAGCCCUGGAAUCGCGGGAAAGCCCUUGGGUUUUGGUUGACGUUUCGCGUCAGCGGCCAAAUCCUCGGCGGUGCCAUCAACUUGGGCCUGAACACGGAUCGCGACCAAGCGGGCAAGGUCUCCUACACGGUCUUCCUCGUUUUCAUUGCUCUGCAGUGUCUCGGGCCGGUGGUCGCGCUCUGCCUGACGCCCCCUGACGAAGUCGAGAGACGGGAUGGCAAAAAGGUUGACCUGUCGAUCCUGAACGACCCUUGGUUUGAGAUUAAGCAAACGACGCGACUCUUUUUCACGAAAAAAUUCUUACUCAUUGUUUUGUUUAUUGGGCAAGCUGUCUUUGCCGAGGCGGUAUUCUUCACUUACCUUUCCCUAUGGUUCACCGUCAGGGCCCGCGCCUUGGGCUCCUUCCUCUCCGGCAUCGUCGCUGUAGUCGGCGGCAACCUUCUAGGGUAUUGGCUUGAUCGGACACGGGUGCCUCUGAAGAUCAGGGCAAGGUCCUCCUUCUGGACCAUCGUGACGCUUCAGGGCGCAUGGUGGAUCUGGGCGACGAUUCUUGUGACGAUAUAUGAUCGCACGCAGCCGACACACGACUGGAGCAGCUCAGGCUUCGGUCCGGGCUUUGCGGUUUUCCUGUUCUUGCUGCUUGGCUUUCAGCUGAACUACCUGUUCCUCUACUUCAUCAUACAGAACCUGUCCGAGUCAAAGGAGGAGAUCAUCAGGUAUUCGGCCUUACUGCGUGGCACAGAGUCCGCGUGGCAGGCCGUCAGCUACGGUCUGGAGGCCGUGCCAGUCAUGGCGCACGUUGGCGGUGUUUAUUUGAACUUUGCGCUCUGGGGAUUGGCAAUUGUCCCUGCGUGGCUCGUACUGAGACACUUUGGUGCCACAGGGGAGAGCGACAGUGGGGAAAGCCUCUAUAGUGCACCGAAUGUGCAGGAUGGAGAUGUGGGAAGGCUCAACGAAGCUUCCAAUGGGACGACGAAGGGUAUUAAUUGACGGAGAUCUGGUCCGAAGACCCAAGGGAGCAUGACGGCACUGACUAGAUCGGGUCUGACAAUGCAUCCGUCAUAUUGGAUCAUAUCAGUGUGACACGCUUUACCUCAAAACAUGAAUAGCGAUAGCGAUCUGCUCCCAAACUUGGC